CUUGGGACGAAAGGGCCAUUGAAGACAGCUCAGCAUGCUACACCCCGUAAUCCUCGAAUAGAACUCCCAGGACGAAAAAACACCCUUCGACGAACAACAAUAUCAACGGCCACCGCCCUCCAAGGCCGCCAGAGCGGAAGCUCACUCAAUGGAUCCGCUAAGCGUCGCCGCCAAUGUGAUCAAUGUCCUCUCCGAAACUAUACGGUGCGCCAAAGGUCUCUACGACCUCCGCGACAAGUAUCGGGAUGCGUAUGUCACCAUCACGUCCAUCUACUCGGAGUCCAUGGUCAUCAGCGCCGCUCUCUCCCAGGUUCAAAACCUCCUCCUCCACGAUGCGCUAGGGCAGAAACCCGACCUCGAAGCUGCCUUCGAUACUGCGUUGACGGGAUGCAUGGUUGUAUAUUCGUGCCUAGACGAGGAGGUGCAGCGUUUGGCAGGCUCCGGUCCGCCAGGAGGCGACCUGGGCUGGAGGGAGCGGUCUAGAAUAGUGUGGGAGGAAGAUAGGAUGAAAGAACUGCUGUUACAGAUUCGCGGUCAGCAGACUGCUAUGACGCUCUUGAUUCAAGGCCUCCAGAUGGAAUCCCUGGGUGAUAUCAGACGCCUUCUGCGAGAAAACUCUGGCACCUUGGAGCAGAUUGCAACUAGGUCGAAGUCCUUGCGAUCCACGCAUCCUCGGAUCAAAGUCCCCGAUUCCAUAUUCAAGGCCAACGACAACGCUAAAUCUGGUGUGGAUGCAAAUUCCAUCAUUAGUCAAGCCGAGUUCGACUUUGAUGACCAGGUCGUCAAUUCCAAGGCGUAUCGAAGAGCAAUGGCCGCUGCCGAAGCCCGAAACGGCAACCCAAAACCGCAAGCUGAAGUCGUUCAAGGCGACUUGAUCAAUUUCGAUGAUCCUGAAGAUGAGCCACAACUGCAAGCUCUAUCAGAUACGCUCGAAGAGUUGCAAAACCUCGACCUAUCUGGCGUAGCGUCUAACGCCGAUGCGCCAGUCUUUGAGGAUCUUGAACCAGAUCCGUUUCUGGAUGAUAUCGAGAGAAGCUACCUACCGUUCAUGCCCCCUAUAGUUUCUACUAAGACAGGCUCGACUAGUAACCCAGUUGAACUUGUUGAAAAGCGUGAGGAUCCUGAGCGCAACACGGCACCCACGCAGGGCACUGUAGAUGCUCCCACCAUGGAGGAAGAAAAACCUCCUCUGCCCCCACGUCGAUCAGCAGCCACCGCCCAACUCACCGACCAUCGGUCACCGCUAGUAACCAACUUCACAGGAACAUCAAGCCAUCUAUCAUCGAACCUUGACGACUCUUCUUCGGCAGUGUCCUCAUCUUCUACUCGCACCGCGGUGGAGUCUAUGACCACAGUAGACAGCAGACCGCUGAGGUCUGAGGAGUCGUCUCCGCAAGCAACAUCCGCUUCUUCGGUGCCUCGUCGCAAACCUUUAUCCGAGAAAAGUCAAUCAAACUUAGACCUCUUCAAAACCCUGUCGUCAGAGAACGAUGACAUCAAGGUCGUUUCAGCCCGGGAGAUAGACCGUCACACCUUGUGGGCUGGCAUGAUCCAAUCUGAAUCGGACCUCAUCUCUCGACUUUCCUCCUUUAAUCGGAUUUUCGUCAUCCCAGUGCUUUCGAAUUGGCCAGUCCUAGCUAAACAUUUGGAGGCAUUACAAAUGAUCAAGGAGUUGAUUGCGUUGCACAAAGAUCAUUUUCGGCUACCCAUGAACUCACAAAUCAGUCAAAGUCCUUUCGCCACGUGCGAUCCUCAGUUCAUCUCUGCCUGGGUUGCGAAGUCUCAAGUGACCUAUCGGACGUAUCAUCAACGACUUCCCCAUGCUCAACACGCCAUCCGCCUCACCCUUUCUACCAACGCCAAGUUUCGGUCCUUCGUCAACACGCUCGGUCUACGACCUGUCUGGCUUGGAAAGACUUGGGAGGAUUUUACCAAUAUCCCCACGCUACAAGUUCAGCUCUACAUCGACAAUUUGAACUCUAUUCUGGGCUCAUACGAUAUCUUGGCUCCCGGCCAGGUCCAUCAGCGAGAGGUCGAAGUGUUGAAACAGUCACUUCAUUCUCUACAAAAACUUCAAUACUCUUGUCGUGCGAUCCAGGAAAAAUCUAUGCGGCGCGAGCAGCUCCAAAGCCUCUACCGACGCAUCCAAACUCUAAACUCGGACUUUUUAAAUGUACUGAACAUCUCCGACCCUGCUCGAACUAUCAUCCACCAAGGGGCGCUCGCGGUGCGCAUCAAAGGCAAAGGCCCGUGGAAGCCAGUACAUGCUGUUUUACUCGAUAACAAUCUCUUUUGGGGCAAGGUGCGGUCUCCGAAAACAGGUGAAACCAAUGCUGAUGCCCCCACGGAGGGUAAAUUCUGGAUUUUGGAGGAGCCUCUCACAACUACCGAGCUCUCUGCUACCCUCCCAGAUGUCGACAACCAAUUUGUGAAAGCCACAGUCAUCGAUGAAGUGCCUCGUGGCUCGGUCAUCUACCAAUUCUUUGUAAAAACAAACACACUCACUCAUACACUCGGUACGCUCUCCGUUCGCGAUCGGCAGAUGUGGAUGGGGAAGAUCGGAGAAGCAACUGCAUUAGAUCGGUCUGAACAGAGGUAUCCUGGCUUUUCAUCUUCCAUUCCUAUAUUUACUGAUACCGUAUGGGCUAGCUCUUGAUACUCUUGCCCUGAGCUUGGGAUCCACUCGAAUGUAGUCGCUCUUCAUAGCCAUCGAGCGUACUACGUAGACUCCGCGCAAGCCAUGACUCAAACCAUCGGACGUCACUCGCCACCCAGAGCGAGGUGUGCAUCGCCUC